AUGUAUGAAAAAAACCAGUCAAAAAAUAAGAAGUGGUCAAAGGGGAGGGAGAGGACAAAUACAAGCAGGUGGAUGGAGAGGACAAUUAGGUGGAUGGAGAGGGCAGACAGACAGGUGGAUGGAGAGGGCAAGCAGGUGGAUGGAGAGGGCAAGCAGGUGGAUGGGGAGAGCAAGCAGGUUGAUGGAGAGGGCAAGCGGGUGGAUGGAGAGGGCAAGCAGGUGGAUGGAGAGGGCAAGCAGGUGGAUGGAGAGGGCAAACGGGUGGAGGGAGGGGACAGAGAGACGGACGAAGGGGACAGAGGGGUGGUUGUAUAA